AUGGCUGUUAAUGCAAGAAUAUUCAAUCCAUUGGAAGCUUCAAAAUACUUGGAAGCGUUGAGAAAAGAUUCGAAAUUGUCAUCGUUCAUUUGUUCAAAUCACGAGCUAGAUUGGACCAGAUAUGAAGGUCUAGAGUCAGAAGCAGUGAAACAGGUGGCCUCUAAAUGUAGCGAUCCACGAAUGAAAGUUCUGUACGAGCAGGCACUGGAAACAUUAAAGGAUAAAAAUGAUGGUGAAUCAAUUCUAAUUACAGGACAUGGUGAUUCGGAUCCAAAAUCAUCGACACUGAAGAAAUCCUACGUUUUCUAUGCUGAAAAUAAAGAUGGUAAAUAUGAUAUUGUAGCUGCACAUGCAACGCAGACAAAAGUGCUUAACUGGGAUAAAAUCACAGCUGGUGCAUUAGUUACUUUUUUAACAAGCAUUGGAAUCGGUGCUGCCGUUGGCACUAUGGCGGGACCUAUAGGAACUGCCAUCGGUGCUGCUGGUGGUGCAGUUGUAGGCGGCGUAGCUGCCGCUUCAACUGUUGGUAUCAAAGCAAAAAACGAUUAUCGUGAAGAAAUGCCAGAAGCCGUGUAUGCCUAUCUUUUCAAAGAAUUACAAGAGAAACAACAGUUAGCAAUUACAGGCAGCAAAGUAACACUUCAACAAAAUCAAGAUUUGAAAGACAGUGACAAAGUAAUAUGGUGUUGCCGUAAUUAUAGACAUGGUCAAUGUCGUGGUCGACUUCAUACGAUCAACAAUCAAGUUAUUCAAAUAAUUGGUGAUCACAAUCAUGAACCAAGCAGUUCGGAUGGACAAGUAGCUGCAGCACGUACACGAAUGAGUGAUUCAGCCAAACAAAGUUGUUUGACAACACAUACUAUUGUGGCUGACGCAAUGUUCGAAAAAUCCGACAACGAAUAUACAAUAAAAGCUCGCGAUCGAACAUUUUUACAUUUUGAUUCGGGAUCCAUCGAUCAACGGAUAUUAAUAUUUUCAACAAAAAAACAAUUAAAAAUAUUGGAAAAUGCAAAUUAUAUAUAUUUAGAUGGUACAUUUAGUGUAGUGCCAGAAUUGUAUUUCCAAUUAUAUACAAUUCAUGCUACAUAUUUAAGUCAUAUAAUACCAGUUGUUUAUAUAUUGCUGACAGGCAAGAAGCAACGUUUAUAUAAAGAAAUAUUUCAACAAAUAAAGAAUUUAAUACCAAAUUUUGAUCCACCAAAUAUUAUGAUUGAUUAUGAACGUGCAACUAUUAAUGAAAUUAAAAAACAGUUUCCAAGUUCAAACGUAUCCGUAUGCUUUUUCCAUUUAUGUCAAAAUGUUUAUCGCGCUGUUAUACAUUUUGGCUUAAAGACAUUAUAUAGUGAAGAUGAAGAUUUUGCAAAACAAAUUCGUUCAUUACCAACAUUAGCACUUUUACCUGCUCCUGAUGUAAUUCCUAACCAUAUUUAA